CCGGAUGGUGUGGCGGGUGAGGGAGUCCUCGCGCGUGCGCGGAGGUGGCCGCGGGUUGUUGUGGACGAGUGCAGGAGCGGGUGCGGUGAUCCCGGAGUCAUCAUGACGAAAUACGAGUUCUUUGUUGACAUGACCUGUGAAGGCUGCUCUAAUGCUGUGACCCGUGUGCUGAAUAAGUUAGGUGUGCAAUUUGACAUAGAUCUUCCUAACAAAAAAGUCUUCAUUGAAUCUGACCAAAAAUUGGAGGUGCUGAUGGAAUGCCUGAAAAGGACAGGAAAAGAGGUGCAAUAUGUUGGAGAGAAGUAGAACAUGUACUGUGAAAAUGAGAAAGAAAAUGCUAACUGACCGGAUGAAUUCAAAGAGCAAGUUUAGCAGGCGAAUCAAUGGAACCAAAUAAUGGAGCAACAAUGGCUGGAUCCUUUGUGAACAUAAGGAAAAGUUUUAGCUCUGAUCAUUAUUAGCCACUUCUUGAAUCGAGGAAAAAGUGCUUUCCAUGUGGUUGUUUAUGCUGUUACAUCUCUGAAAACCUCAUUUGUAAUAUCUUAAAAGAUGACUACAAUUGUUUCCUUCAAUAUGCGAAUAUACAAUAAAUAACAGUUGCUUUUA